AUGACUGGCACGGAUGCAAAUGAAACCAGGUUAGUUUGUCCUCCCUAUGGGUCAUCACGCGUCUCUUCGCACGCUGCGGGCGUGGCUAAACAGCGUCUGGAUUAUUCAUUAACAUUAUCUUUUUUUCGUCUUCAGAUCGCCGUCGUCGUGUUCCUGGCUCUCGCUGCCCCCUUGUGCCUGGCAGCCCCCCAGGGGUACAACUAUGCUGCCCCCGCUCCUGCUCCUGCCCCUGCCCCUGCCCCUGCCCCUGCUCCUGCCCCUGCCCCCGCGCCCUACAACUACGCUGCCCCCGCUCCUGCCCCUGCCCCCACCCCUGCCCCCGCGCCCUACAACUACGCGUACAGCGUGGGCGCCGUGGACGGCCUGGGCCAGCCCGUCCAGUUCGGCCACCAGGAAGGGCGCGAGGGCGCCACGACCGCCGGCAGGUACUUCGUGCUGCUGCCGGACGGCCGCCUCAUGACCGUCGACUACUACGCCGACCACACGGGCUUCCACCCCACCUACUCCUUCCAGGCCGCCCUCCCCGCGGCCGCCGCCGGGGGCCAGGCCGCCCUCGCCGCCCCCUCCGGCCUCUACGCCGCCCCCGGGGGCAGGUAACGCCCUCGCCCGCCCCGCCAGGCAUUGCCGAGUCCCAGCUUUUCCUCUCUUGCCGGGUCGACCAAGCAGCUCAGCGUCUCUCCUCGGAUUUUCUCUGCUCAUUCAGUCGUUUCACAAAACAGCAAAGGCUCCUGAUUCCCUUCUGUCACUGCCUACUUCUCUCCUACUUGCUGCCUCGAUUACCCUCCUCUCUCUCUCUCUCUCUCUCUCUCUCUCUCUCUCUCUCUCUCUCUCUCUCUCUCUCUCUCUCUCUCUCUCUCUCUCUCUCUCUCUCUCAUCUUCAGCAGCUAAUCCUCAUCAAACGCCUCGUAACUCUUUAUCGCCUUCGCCAAGAGCGUUCCACAAAAAAUGACAGUCAUGAAUUACCUGCCAAAGCUGUCAAAGGUGAUCCUGUCAGAGGCUUUAGAGGGUGUGAGGUUGUGUAUGAAAUAUUCGCAUGCAGGAACAUGCAUUUAUAAUUUUUUUACAAAGGUCGUUACAUUUGUUAUAUUUUUUAUACAUGUUAAAUAAAGUAGUCCAAUUUUGAA